GAUCCAGGAAACACGAGGCGGGUCUCGGUGGGAGGGACGCAUUGAAGGAGGAGGGAGGAAAGGGGGCGGCGGCGGCGGCGGCUGCUCCUCCUCUCACCGGACCCGGGCCCCGCGCAGCGCGCACCCAAGGGGGGGGUCGGGCGGAGAAGCGGUGCCGGGGCCGGACCCCCCGUGGGAGCUGGCGACUGGCGUGAGGGCAAGGCGGCGGCAGCGGCGGACGGGGAGCAGCGGCUGCGGGACAGUGUCUUCAGCCUUUUCUUCAAGUUUUUUACCGUGAAUUGUUGCUGCGUGUCAAACUGGACAAGGUAUUUUAGUUGAAGUUUCACCAGUUGAAACAUUGGAGGAUCCCACCAGGGCCCUGUAUUACAGUUAUCGUCACGUCUCCUUAGGCUCCUCUUGACUGUGACAGUUUCUCAGACUUCCCUUGUUUUGAUGACCUUGUCAGUUUUGAGGACAAUUUGAUCAGAAAAUGACUGCAGUAUUGGAAGAUCAUUACUAUUGGAAGACCGAUUAGCAUCCAUUUCAUAAGAGAAGCUUGACCACCAUUUGCUCUGGCAUGGCGCAAAACAGUCCACAGCUUGAUAUGCAGGUUCUCCAUGACCUCCGACAACGUUUCCCUGAGAUUCCGGAGGGUGUGGUGUCUCAGUGCAUGUUACAGAACAACAACAAUCUUGAAGCCUGUUGCCGAGCACUUUCCCAGGAGAGUAGCAAAUACUUAUAUAUGGAAUACCACAGUCCAGAUGACAACAGGAUGAAUAGAAAUCGCCUUUUGCAUAUUAACCUGGGUAUUCAUUCUCCUAGUAGCUACCACCCAGGAGAUGGAGUGCAACUUAACGGUGGUCGAACACUGGUACAUAGCUCAAGUGAUGGACAUAUUGAUCCACAGCAUGCAGCAGGCAAACAGCUGAUAUGUUUAGUUCAGGAACCACACUCAGCUCCAGCUGUUGUCGCUGCUACUCCCAACUACAAUCCAUUUUUUAUGAAUGAACAGAACAGAAGUGCAGCUACUCCUCCUUCACAGCCACCUCAACAGCCAUCUUCCAUUCAAACAGGAAUGACUCCAUCUGCUAUGCAAGGGCCUUCACCACCACCACCGCCACCUCCUUCAUACAUGCACAUACCUCGGUAUAGUACAAAUCCAAUUACUGUUACAGUAUCCCAGAACCUCCCUUCUGGACAGACUGUACCAAGAGCUUUACAAAUUCUUCCACAAAUUCCAAGCAAUCUUUAUGGGUCUCCUGGUUCUAUCUAUAUUAGACAGACAUCUCAGAGUUCAUCAGGAAGACAAACUCCUCAGAGUACGCCAUGGCAGUCCUCACCACAGGGCCCAGUGCCUCAUUAUAGCCAGCGUCCUUUACCUGUUUAUCCACAUCAACAGAACUAUCAACCUUCUCAGUAUUCUCCCAAACAACAGCAGAUCCCUCAACCUGCUUACCAUUCGCCACCACCUUCUCAAUGUCCUUCACCCUUCAGCUCUCCACAGCAUCAAGUACAACCAUCCCAGCUGGGCCACCCUAGUUCCCAUGUCUUCAUGCCACCGAGUCCUUCAACUACUCCACCCCAUCCAUAUCAACAAGGACCUCCUAGCUAUCAGAAACAGGGAAGUCAUUCAGUAGCCUAUCUCCCAUAUACACCAUCUAGCUUACCCAAAGGAUCCAUGAAGAAGAUAGAAAUUACAGUCGAACCCUCUCAGAGAUCUGGGACAGCAAUUAAUAGGAGUCCUUCACCUAUCAGUAAUCAGCCGUCUCCACGGAAUCAGCACUCAUUGUACACAGCCAGCACGCCACCUUCAAGUUCUCCUUCAAGAGGGAUAUCCAGUCAACCAAAACCUCCAUUUAGUGUCAAUCCUGUGUAUAUUACAUAUACACAGCCAACUGGACCUUCUUGCGCUCCAUCACCGUCUCCUCGGAUGAUACCAAACCCAACUACAGUUUUUAAAAUUACUGUAGGCCGAGCAACAACUGAAAAUCUUUUAAAUUUAGUGGACCAAGAAGAACGUUCUGCAGCCCCAGAACCUAUUCAGCCCAUUUCAGUGAUACCAGGCUCUGGGGGAGAAAAGGGAAGCCACAAAUAUCAGAGAAGUUCUAGUUCUGGAUCAGAUGACUAUGCCUAUACACAAGCCUUGCUGUUACAUCAGCGAGCAAGGAUGGAGAGGUUAGCAAAGCAAUUGAAACUUGAGAAAGAGGAGCUAGAGCAAUUGAAGGCUGAAGUUAACAGUAUGGAGCAUGACCUGAUGCAGAGACGGCUCAGAAGGGUCAGCUGCACCACUGCGAUCCCAACGCCUGAGGAAAUGACAAGAUUGAGAAGCAUGAACAGACAACUCCAGAUAAAUGUUGACUGUACACUGAAAGAAGUUGACCUCCUUCAAUCUAGAGGUAACUUUGAUCCAAAAGCUAUGAAUAAUUUUUAUGACAACAUAGAGCCUGGUCCAGUUGUACCACCCAAGCCACCUAAAAAAGACUCAUCAGACACCUGCACAGUUGAGAGGAAAGCCCGAAGGAUUAGCGUGACCUCCAAAGUACAGGAGGACAUCCACGACACCCAGGCAGCACCUGCAGAUGAGCAUCCAAGUAGCUCCAAACAGAGUCCUCGGACACAACCCCGAGAUGAAGACUAUGAAGGGGCUCCAUGGAAUUGUGAUAGCUGCACCUUUCUGAACCACCCCGCACUAAAUCGCUGUGAGCAGUGUGAGAUGCCACGGUACACUUGAAUUCCCAAGAGUCUGCACUAGGUUGAGAGUGAAACU